AUGUCCGCUUUCUGCCUAGACCUGCAGACGUCUGCCGGGGUUUCAGCACCAUUAGAGCUGGACAGCGACUGCUUGGAGCCCCGGGCGAGCCCCGCCGCACACGAACCCGGCGGCUUUCAGGCUCAACCGCUGCGGCACGCCGGCUCCGGAGGCCUGGGCAUGGCCUUGGAGGAGGAACUGGCCAUGCUGUCUGGUGAGAGGGAUGACGAAGGGGGGCUGUCGGACCAAGAGAUGCCUGCGGUGGGACAUAACCCAGACUUGCUGUCGCUUUUCCGUCAAAAGGAAAAAGACUUGGUUUUAGCUGCUAAACUCGGCAAAGCUUUGCUGGAGAGAAACCAAGACUUGACCAAGCAAUAUGAGAAAAUGCACAAAGAUCUCAACGAGAAAUUAGAGCACUUGGAGCAGGAGAAGCAUGAGUUGCGUAGGCGUCUAGAAAGUCGAGAAGGGGAGUGGGAGGGCCGUGUGGCUGAGCUGGAGACGGACCUUCAACAUCUGCAAGGUGAGCUGGAGCGCCACCAGGUCCAGCUGAGAGACGCUGACAGAGACAAGACCAAGGCCAUCGGUGAACUUUCUGAACAGAAUCACAGACUGCUGGAGCAACUCAGAAGGGCUGCAGAGGUGGAGAAGCAGCUGUCCACUCAGGUCCAUUCAUUACGGGACGACUUCAGGGAGAAGAGUUUGUCUACAAGCCAGCACAUGACACGACUUGAGAGUCUGCAGGCUGAGCAAGGGCUAGAAAUUAAGAUGCUGUCUGAGAGGAAGAUGGAGCUAGAACAUCGGGUGCACACCAUGCUGGAGGAGAACGAACUGCUGCAGAAUACCGUGGACGAACUCAGAGAAAGGACGCUUGUGUUGGAAAGACAGUGCCACCAGAAAGACCUACAGUUACGGCAGAGCCAACUGGAACUCCAGGAGGUUCAGGUGUCUCACAGACAGCUGACAGCACAGCUAGAGGAGUUAACAGAGGAACACAGCCUCCACAGCCUCACCCCGCACCCAUCCAGCCUGCUGUGUGAGAUAGAGCAGAGUAUGGAGCAGGAGGAGCUGGAGCAGGAGAGAGAACAGAUGCGUCUCCAGCUUUGGGAGGCCUACUGUGAAGUUCGUUCGCUAUGCUCCCUUCUCCGGGGGAAUGACGUCACAGACUCGGCGCUGUCAACCGACUCUUCCAUGGACGAGUCCUCUGAGACGUCCUCAGCCAAGGAUGUGCCUACUGGAAGCCUCCACACUAGUCUCCUAGAGCUACGGAGGUUAACACAGAACCUGCUUGAUGGCAAUGAGUCCACGGGCUCAAGAAGAAGUGAUGAAGAGGCUCUGGAGGAGCAGGUGAGAAAGCUUGGAGAAGAGCUGAAGGAAGUCAGAGAGCUGUACGACGCUGAGCAGAACAAAGCACGCGGCAAUGAAGAGGAGAUCCUUCAGCUACACAAUCAGAUGGCACUGCUCUCUGUAGAAACAUGUUCACUCCGGGAAGAAAAUCUACGAAUAAAGACAAUGGCUGAAAUCAGAGAGCCAAGUGAGCAGCUCCAGAGUGCUAUCAGAGACAGAGAUGAUGCCAUAGCGAAGAAGAAAGCGGUGGAGAUGGAGCUGGCCAAGUGUAAAAUAGACAUCAUGUCUCUGAAUAGCCAGCUCCUGGACGCCAUCCAGCAGAAGCUCAACCUGUCACAGCAGCUGGAAGCUUGGCAGGAUGAUAUGCACAGAGUGAUUGACCAGCAGUUGAUGGACAAGUACCAAGACGAGUGGCGCUCUGCCCCUUCUUCGCUGUCAGGGUCGUCCAGGACCCACGGUCAGUCCUCCAGGCGAGCUCAUCGAACAUCGUACCAGGACAAGAGACUUUUCUCUUUUUUCAAAAAGAGCUGAGGCCCAUUGGACUGGCCUGAGCACAGCAGAGAGACAGAGGCAGACAAGGCGAAGGAGAAGGAGGGAGUAAAAUCACAACACACGGGUAACAGCCAAAGAUGGGCAGUGGCACACACUGAGGU